AGAAACUUAAUAGGAUCUAGAACUGGACUCGAAUAUAUACAUAUUAAUAACUUUCUUCUGCCCCCAUUGAAUUCAAGUUCAUAAUAUCGCUCACUUAGAAAAUUUAUUUACAACUGGUUGUUUAUCCAUGAAGAUUUGUAGUAAACAUUACUGAAGGGAAGCUAUAUUUUCCUCUUUCAAGAACGAACUUGACAUUCUGCUUACAUGACUCUAUACGAAAGUACGGAUAAAAUACUUCGUGAAAAUCGAUAAAAGAAUCUGAAAUCUUUUUUAUAUUAUCAGAUUUAUAAUACAAAAUUAUAGCAAAUUAGAUAGGAUGUCUUGGGCAAAUGAGUUACCCGAAGAAUUGUUGAUCCGACCGGUUGGAUUGGUUAUAUUAGCUAAUUUAGAUAUAGCCAAUAACUCCAUCCAUAAAAGCAUAUGGGAGUCUUUCAGCUCUAAUAGAAGGCCUGACAGAGUUGCUUUACAUUUCAAACAUUUUGAUACAGAACAUGUAUACCCUAAGUGUAAAUCGAAGAGAGCUUCCUAUGAAUGGUACAUUCCGAAAGGCAUCGUGAAAAGACAAUGGAUGAAAAAACACCUAGAGCUUGUUCCAUCUUUAGUCGUUAUUUUUUUUGAUUUAGAUUGGGACGAAGUUAUGUGGAAGGAAAAACAAAUUGCAUGCUCAUCAAAAGUAGAAACUAUUAGAAAUAGUCUUACUGGAAGAACUACUAAGGUUGCAGUUGUAUUAAUUCAAAAGAAUGCUCCGCUACCUCCAGGAGAUGAUGUUGUCGCAGCAGAUAGAGCAGCUGCUUUAUGCAAUGCCUGUGAAUUGAGCUCUAAAUCUUUAUUUGUUCUUCCACAUUCAGAUCAGCUCCUCGGAUACACUAUACGUUUAGAGAAUGCUUUCUAUGAGUUAUCUCAGUCAUACUAUCAUUCCCAAGCAAGAAAAGUAAAAAGUCAUAAGGAAUUGCUUAACAAAACAAAUCAUCAAUUGCUCUUUGUACGUCAUCAGUUUAAAAUUGCUUUUUAUAAUGAACUGAAACAAGACAGUACGAACUCUUUAAAGCACUACAAGCAAGCUUACAUAAACAUCUUGGACGUGAGAAUACAUGACACAAAUGUUUUAGAAGUUAAAACUAUUGCUGGAUUUAUCAAUUACAAGAUUUGUUUGCUAUCCUUUCAUUUGGGUGCACCGUUAGAUGCAAUUCAGCAAUUUAGGAAACAUGUUGAUUUUUAUAAAUCCCUUGUUUGUCCUGUAGCUGUAGAUUUUGAACAUAGCGCUUGGAUGUCUAGACAAUUUCAAAUAUUUGGAGACCUUUUCGACGAUGCGACUAAAAAUGGUUUGGCAGCCAUUCAGACACAGCAUCCAGGGUUCUAUUAUCAGCAGGCGGCUAAUCAUGCAAUUACUAGAAAAAAGAGAGCACUAGAACGUGGAAAAGCACAAAUUGAUAAACCAAAUAUGAACCUGCUUGAUAAAUUAAAAAGCUUAGACUACUAUGGUCAACGACCUUGGCGGCAGGGCCAUCAAAGCAUAGAACCACCAGAUGCAACUAAAGAAAGAGAAGGUAUGGCAAGUUUAUUAGAAGUCGAGAAAAGUGAAGAUCACUCUAGAUUGAUAAUACCAUUAUUGAGCAGUGCAGUUGCUCAAUUUAAAAAAUAUAGAUCAUCAAGAAUGAAACGUUUUUUAAUGGUUCAAAUGGGAGAGGAAUAUUUAUACGUCAAAGAUUAUGACAAAGCAUUAGCCCUGCUAUCUCGUGUUACAUGGGAAUAUAGAAACGAAAGAUGGUGGAAUUUAUUAACAUCAGUUCUGACUCAAGCUUUAUGUUCUGCUUUUAUGACUUUCCGAGUUCAGGAUUACUUAUCAUUAGCUUUUGAAUAUAUUGGAAAAGUUAGUUGCUGCUCUAACGACGAUAAAACCAGAGUACAUCACAACAUAAAUAAUAUCUUAUCGGGUAAACCUCCGAACCCUGAACCAAAUAUUUCGGAAGAGGAUGCAUUGAAAGCCAAAGAAGGAUGGCUAAAACUUGUUCAACAGGAUACAGAGCAAUCCAGUAAUAAUGAAGUAUCUGUUCAGAUGCAUAAUCUUAUGACAUUUAUUGAAUUGAAAACCUGCUUUACAAAAAAAUCAUUUAAAGGAGAUGAAGAAGUUGGUCUUGCCAUUCUUUUACAGACGUUUGCUCCUCUCCCAGUUAAAUUUACUUCUUUAGCUGUUUCUUUUAACCAUGAGGAAUACAAUACAAAUUGCCAAAGCGAUGAAAAUUUUGAAUUAAAGUGCGGAGAGCAAUAUGUAAAAAUAUUCCAUUUUCAUACCCUACUUAAGCACGUCAAUAACACACUACAAGUAAUGGAUGUUAAAUUAACAAUGGGCUCAUCUCCAAAUAUUAUUCUUAAUCUCUCUUGGAUAAAUGGCGCUAGCCUGUUUCUACUACCUUUGGAUAAUUCACCUUUCGGAGCUCCUCUCCCUACAAAUUGGGACAACGUUAAUUUUGAAUCUACACCCUGUAUGAAUGUUUGCAGUUUAAAGCGUCGCGAAGCUAAAGUCGAAUUUAAAAUUGAUCACCAAACACCCUGCUUAGUCAAUGAAUUUUACCCUUUGGAUGUCUCUAUAAUAAGCAAUGAAUCUGAAGCUAUGUGCGAUGUCAAGCUAAGUGCAGUUGUCAAAGAAGUUCAAGAAGGAUCAAAUUUAGUCACUAAUAUCAGUAUUGGAAAAGCCGAAUUUUCAGAAUCAAAUGUCAUUCGAAGAGUCUCCCAAGACGUUGGUACUAUUGAUAUGAAUAACAAGAAGACCGUCAGAGUUUUCAUAAAAUGCUUACAAAAAGGAAAGAGAAACGUAACACUUAAGUUGGCUUAUUCAGUUAAGGCCAAUCAAGUUCACGGAAGUAAUGAAGGAAAAUGCCUACAUGAUUGCCAUCUUGAGAAAGUUAUAGAUAUUGAUGUUCAUGAUGCCAUUAAAACAGAGUUUACUCUCAUGGAUAUAAAUAUGAGAAAUAUCAAUGAAAUUGAAUCCAAUGAAGACUUCUUAAUAUUAAUUAAUGUUGAAAAUAUUGCUUCUUUUCCUAUUUGUCUUGUUAAAGCAAAUUUAAACCUACGAGAAAACUUUGAGAUACUUGAGGAUUCGAAUCAAGAAAACACCCAGCUUAUACACAAGGGAAAAGCAAGUUUUCUCUUUCUCAUUUCGGCACCAAAACAACCUUUCCUCAACAGUAAUUUAGAUAGUGGAGAAAUAGUUGUACUCUGGCGCCGAGCAUCAACAGAUGACGUUCCUCUAGUCACCAAUACAAAGAGUUUACCUCCAAUUAAAGUAAUAAAAUCACCAAUUUUAAUUGAUAUGAAAACUGAGGACCUAGGAUACGAAUAUGUACCUUUGCCAAUCACUUAUGAAAUACAAAAUCGAACGGAAUCGAUCAUUCAAGUUAAUAUGAAUAUUCGACCAUCGGAAGGCUUUAUCUUUACUGGCCCCAAACAGAAACUUGUUAGAAUUUUGGCAAGAGGCGCGUUCUCCUUUCAACUUAUUUGUAUUCCAUUAUAUUCUGGGAAUUUACUCUCUCCUCAAUUACAAGUUGAAUUACCUUCUUCUAAAUUUACUUCUACUUCUCAUCAUUUAGUGUCAAUUUUGCCAAAAGCUCUUCAUGAGAACUCCGUUUCAGAAUAAUUGAAUUCCAAAGGUGCUCUGAACGAUUUAUAAUUUACAUCAGAGAACUUUCCUGUGGUUUUUUAUUGCUAAAAUAUAAUUUCAACUUAAAACUAACGGGUUUGACCUAUUCAAGUUUAAUGUAUGGGUAUUUAUUUUCUGUGAGAACUAAUAUUUCCUCAAAUCUUCCAUAUGAAUGUAUUGAAU